AUGGAUGUUACUCCAUCUUCCAUGAGUGGUGACCCUUCUUCCUGUUCACCGCUAAGGGAACUUCAUCUUCCAGUCGGUGGGGAUCAGCUCACCAGGGUAAGGCUUGAGGGUGCCAAGAGUCUCAGAGCACUUUUUCCUACACCUGCCAAAAGAUUUGAUGAUCUUGGACCAUUUGUUAUUGAAUGGUGGCACAACAAGCAGGACUUUUUGGAGAAGGCAUACAAGGCUUUGUUCAGCCCAAGGUCAAUUAGACAGCCAGGGACCCUAUACUUCUACAAAGCCAAGUUUAACAUGACAGAUGUUAAUGGAAGAGGAAUUUUCAGUCUCAUCAUGACCUACUUGUUCAUGUUGGAAAAGCUGUUAUUGUGGAACAGGCACGUGAAUACUUUGGUAUCACUGAUGACAACAACACAGCUUUGGAAGAGAAAACCAAAGCGUCAGAGUUUAACGUUCAAGGAUUCUUGUGAAAGAAUGUAUUUGAUUUUUCAUGUAAAUGCUGAUGGUACAGUGCUGGAAGAAAAGUCUCAGUUUGAACCUGGUGAAGUCUACAGUUAUUGCCAGCAACUAUCCCACUGGGCUUUAAUGGAGCUUGAUGACACAGCCAAAGAGGGAGACAGUAAUAGACUUAUCCAUAAUGCCAAGAUGAAUAUUCCAUUCUUGUUUGCCCAUUCUUCACAGAGUAAAUAUUUUGUAGAGAAUAUUGACUUUCUCAUUAAAGUCUGCUACUUGCUCUCUCCAAUGAUGAAAGAACUUGUCCUUAAGACAGCUUUCAUUAACACCAAGGGAGGAAUUUCAAAUUGUGUUGAGGCUGACCUAGUGCAGGAACACAGCAUAAAGAAUCAGAAGGCGCUCAUCAAACAACUUGGUGCCAACAAGACAAAAAACGUCAUAACAGCAACAGGUGCAGCAAGUGCAAUAUUCAAAGUUUGUGACAACCUGAGGAUAUCUCUUGGAGUCAAACGAGUCAACCAGACAUUCCAAAAGGAUUUGUUUUUCUCAGAUAGAGUCAAUUCAAAAAUCACUUAAUGAAUUGAGGCCAUUUCAUCAUUGUGCAGGAAGAAAGUGUCAUGGGUUUAAGGGCAUUGUAUCAUCCCCUUUCAGAAAGUUCACAAAAUCUAGUCUUUGCAUCAGAGUCCAAGAUAUUGUGUUCAGAUUGAUGAAAGGUGAUCAUAUUGACAUGGAUGACAGAUGUAAUCAGUCUGAUGAUACCAGUGAUUCGGGUGCUGCUGCAAUGAUGAUGAACUUCCACCUGUGUAGUUGUGGCAGAGUGAUAUUUUGUAUAUACAACUUAUGUUAUAAUUCUAUUUUAGCCAUAGUUUUAUUAAAGGCGACUAUGCUUGUCGUAAAAGGCGACUAACGGGAUCGGGUGGUCAGGCUCGCUGACUUGUCUGAUCCAUGUCAUCGAUCCCAAUUGCGUGGA